AUGGCGGAACUUGGCUGCGAGUGCAUUCCAUUUGCGCGCGCUGAGGAUGGGGCCACAUCUGCACCAGUUUCUGUGAUUGCCUUUGUGCAGCCUUGGUUUGGCCCAUCGCAAAUGGCGGUCAGGCAGCUCCUUUCUGCAGGGCCAGCGUGCGGAGUUGAUGUGUUCUUCGUGGAUGCUGAUCAGGAGGCGCUCAAGGCACAUCAAUUGGGCAUAUGGGGCUCACCUGCAAUGCUUUUCUAUGCCAGGGGCUGCCAGCUGACCAUUCAGAGACCCGAAGUGGAUGAUGCGACCAAGUACAUCGGAUCCAUCACGAUGGAGGAGCUUGAAUCUUUGCUUCGGCAAGCAAGAGAAUGUCUUACAUCCAGCAACACUAUUCUGCGAGCUGGUGCGCAUCAUUAG